AACUUUUAAUUAAUAUAAAUAGACGAAACGAUCUUUUGGAGUCGUCAACAUGACGUCGUUCCUGACGGACGUGCUGAUCACGGCGAGUAAAUUGGAGAAGGUCAACUUAAACGAAAAAAUAGGUGAAAUACAAAAGGAAAUAACAAAGUUGAAGUACGAUGUUCAAGAUUUUAUGGAUGAUAAUUACGUCGAAUUUACAUCGAAACUUACAAGAGAUCAACAUUUAGUGUCAAAAGGAGAGAAAUUGCUAGAAGAAAUGAAUCAAUUGCAAAAGAGAAUAGACGAUCAGGUCAAACUCGAAUUGUUGGGUUCCACGAAAGAACUAAAGACUCUCUCGCAAGCUCUAAAGGAAUCGAACACGAUGUUGCAGCUUUAUAAUCAACUCUUAACUUUACAUGAGUGUAUAAAAUCUAUACAAAGUUAUAAAGACGGAAAACGUUACGUCGACGCGGCUAAAACGUUAUGUCGCAUGCAGACGAUAUUAUACAAUCCUAAAAGCGAUCUUCGUGAUCUCGAUAUUUACACAGCCAUAGAGGAAGGAUAUUUGAAUCUCUAUACUUCCUUUCUGUCCGACGUAUCUUCGUCAUUACACGAUAGAAUCAAUUGGACUGGCGUUGAAGAUAAAGAUGCGAAGACCGUCACGUUGAGUGUAAAGGACGAGUUCGAAGACAUGCCAGAAUUAAUUCAGGGACUGUAUCACAUUGAUAAUCUUUCGAAUCAUUUACAUAAAUUCGGAAUCACCCUCAUGGACCAUGUAAUCAAUCCCAUCAUCAACGACGAUUGUUCCGUAUACGUCGUCGACGAGAAAAUCUUCACCAUCGAAAUUCUGACUAAGAAAAAACCACCAAGUUAUAAGAACGUACUGUACAAUCUAGAGUUAUUAUUCAAAUUCCUUCACCAACAUUUCAAUUUAAUUAUACACGAUGAAGAAACGUUUCUAAAAGGAAUACAACCAUACUUAUUGGACAGACUUUCUGCAUCACUAACGACCAAUUGUAUCUCACGAAUCGUUCCAACGUCCAGCACUGAUCUGAAAAAUUUUACGCCCAUUGUUCAAGCGAUCUACGAUUUUCAGUAUUUCUUGGUUGAAAUUGGUUUUAUAACAGCGGAUCAGCUUUUUCUGACUGAGUACACGAAAAAUAUCGAUAAAUUAUUUAUCGAAAGGGUUUGUCAAGAUUUGUUGGCAAAGGCACGGAAUAUCAUGAAAAAAGACUUGCAUGAUUGUAUUACGUAUGAACCACAGGAGCCGCUCGAAUUUUCCGAGGAUGCAUACGAUUACAGUGAAACGAAAAUUUAUAUGAAAUUAAGUGACAAUACAUUUCAACUUCCUAAAUGUCAAAUAAGUAAGAGUACAAAAGAGACAUUGGAUUUCGCGAAAAGCAUUCUAGAUGAAGCAUGCAGCAGUUCGGAUUCGUGUGCCAUUCGAUUAUUUUACACAUGUAGAAAUGUUUUCGAAAUGUACUCGGGACUGGUACCGGAACAUCACCGGAAAUUCUUGGAGACGAUACCUCAACAAGUUGCUGUAUUUCAUAAUAAUUGCAUGUAUCUUGCGCAUCAUUUACUUACACUGGGACACGAGUACAGGGACAAGUUACCAGAGUCUUUACAAAAUUAUAAUCUAACUUUUGCCGACCAAAUAUUAGUAUUAAGAAACGUCGGAUCAACGUGCUUUUUGGAACACAUGAAGUACCAACGAAAUAUUAUCUUUGAUAUUCUGAAAGAAUCUGGUCUGUCAGCGUUAGGUCAAAGUUCUGAACUGCAGCCUACCACGGAACGUGCACUGAGACAGUGCAUCAGGCAACUAGAGUUAUUAAAAACGGUUUGGCUAGAUGUUUUACCGGUAAAUAUAUACUGCAGAGCUGUGGGAUGCAUCAUGAAUUCUAUGGUCGAGGACCUUAUAAUUAGAGUUGUAUCUGUUGAAGACAUUCCCGCUGAUGUUGCGACUGAUUUAGUAACAUUAUUUAAUAUGAUAGUUAAACGUGCACCAGUAAUAUUUCCGGAUCCACAGAAGAUCCAUCAACACGUACGCAAAUGGGAAAAGUUUUUAGAACUGAUUAAAGUACUAGGUGCUUCUCUGAAAGAAAUUGAAGUUAGAUGGGGAGGCGGCAAAGGGCCGCUCGCUCGUGAAUUUACAUCUUCACAAGUUAAACAAUUGAUUAGAGCGCUGUUUCAAAAUACUGAGCGCAGAUCUAAUCUGCUAGCUUCUAUAAAAUAAUAUUAAAAUUUCUAUCUUGGGUAAGGAAUGAAUUUUAUGCAUUUAUUAUUAUAAUGAAUUGUGAUCAUUAUAUUAAC